AGUUGUAAAAUGUGCCUAGGUUUCACAUUUAAUAAAUGGCUUAGUUUCGACGUUGCACAUUUAAUAAAUGGCUGAUGUUCCUAGGCUUCAAAUGCAACAGCUGGUCAAUGUUCCAAGAUUCUACAUCUAAUAGCUGGCCAAUUGGAUAUCAGUUAUAUUCUAUUUUUUAAUGUAUGGACAAUACACAAUUUAACAUUUUAUCAAAAUAUACCAUACUAUCUCUUCUAACUUAGUACUAUAAUUAUUUACACAACAUUCUUUGGUCUGACAAAAUUUGGCUCAAAAAAAAAAACCAUAUAAUUAGUAACCAUCAAUUUAUCAUUAAAGUUUUAUCUUCCAGGUUGUGCGCCGACAAGGAAUAAAGGUCAGAGGUUGUGACCCACACCUCGAGACGCACUGAAAAACGUGAAUCCGAUUGGUUACUGAUGACAUCACGAGGAGGCCACCGCGAGAUUUCAUGGUUCCGUUUGCGCAAUAUCUAUGCGCAAGUAAACAGGAAGUGGUAAAAGAAGCAUGCUUGCAGGCGAACAGGAUGCUUGGCUGGACUCUGCUAAUCUUGAUUGUUGUGGAUGUCUCAGCGAACUGGACUGAGCUGAACCUGCCAACAGAACAUGUCCCUUACUACUUCUACAACAACCCCGGUAUCAAGGAGACAUGCCACGAAGACCCCCAAUGUCCCUACAAGGCAGAGCUGACACAGGAAAAAUGCUGGGGCUAUGAGAAGGUGUGUUCAGAGGACAAGAGAAUGUCCUCACCAAGCUGUCCAGGAAACAGUCGAGGAUGGUGUGCUUUAGAGAUGCUGUGUUUUCCCUGCUGGCCAGGAUGAGAUAUGGAAUGUAUUACAAUAUGCCAUUGGUGCCAGGUUGCCAUAGUAGCAGUUUUUUCCGAGCUUUUCAUCAGCAGCUUGCUCACAGACUUGGGUUACAUCAGCAGGGACCAUUGAAAGAAAAAAUUCGAGUGACACUUCUUACCAGGAGUACAAAGUUCAGGAAAAUUCUCAAUCAGGAUGAGCUCAUUGCUGCCAUGAAAACUAUCGGGGAGUUUGAAGUGAGAGCAGUGGAUUAUACUUGGAAUAUGGAUUUUAAAGAUCAAAUGCAGAUUUCCCACAACAGUGAUAUAUUUAUUGGAAUUCAUGGUGCAGGACUCACCCAUAUGUUGUUCCAGCCGGACUGGGGUGUUGUUAUGGAGUUGUAUAACUGUGAGGAUGCUGGGUGCUACUUUGACCUUGCCCGACUUCGUGGGGUUCACUACAUGACCUGGGAAAAAAAAGACAAACUUGAUCAAGAAGAUGAGGGACAUCAUCCCACCUUAGGAGCCCAUGCUAAGUUCACUAACUAUGGCUUUGAUGUAGAAGAAUUUCUCCGUCUUGUCUUCAAAGCUGCCGACCAUGUGCGUUCACAUCCUGCAUUCAUUGAAGCCAAGAAACAAAUGCAUAGCCACAGUACAGAGCCUAAAACUGAGUUGUAGAAAUUCUUGAUACUGAUUUGUUAGGUUACAUACCCCAUAGUAGGUUUUCUUUAUAGUGAUUAAUGUAUAGUUUGAGGAUAAUAUUUUCCCUCAAAUUGUUUGGAGAUUUUUGACCAAUCCAAGUUUGUGAGUGUACAAUGGCAAUAUUCAGGGUUAGUGAUAUAUAUGAGGAAGAUUCAAUUAUAAUUAGUAGGCAAUUUGUGGAAGUUGAUUUCCUAAAUGUACUGGUAUUGUAGAUUUUGCUGAAGUGUGCAAAUAUGAGUGAAAUGUAAAAAUAUCAAAUGAGGCAAUGGAAACAUCCUCGUUGCUGAUCCACACACACUUGUUAUCUUUGAAAUAUUUAUAUAUAUUGGUGCUUUUGCCAAUAUUUUUUUUCAAGUACAUGUAUAUGUUUUUGCCAAAGUUGAUGCCUGGUUUUGUAAAGACAAUAUUCAGGUCAAGUUCAGGAUUGAAUAAAAUCUGUGAAUAUAAAUAAGGCCGUUAGCAUAUCCUCAUAUCAAGCUGAACAUUCUUGACAAAAAUGUUUUUUUUUAAAUACUUGCACUAUGUUCAUAUAUAUUUUUUGCCAAAUUUAAUAGCAUGUUGUUGUUGAUGAUUGACACUGUCUUUUCAUAGUAUCUAUGAUUGCACUGCCAUCCAUAAUUUCCUAAACCGUUUACAGAACUUUUUUGGAAAUUCAGUAAAUCUUUUUUUAAUUAUUUUUUUAAUAUUGUAUUAUUUGAUAACUUCUUAUCAUAAUACUUUUACAGUCUGUUAAUAAAUAUGUUGUUGAUAGUGACAAUCUACAAAUCCUCAAAAAUCUUUUAGAAAAAAAAAUUGGUAAUUGAGAUGUUUUGAAGGGAUCAUUUAUAGAAUAAUGUUCUGGUACAUUUUCAUGUCUUUUUUGGAAUAUCUUGGAAAAAUGGUUCCCUUAUUUGACUGACCCUCCCUGAAACUUCAUUUACCGGUAGGUAGGUUAUUUUAUGAGAAUUUGUCAUUUCACUGAUAAAUUAAUGAUCUUCAAGAAAUUGCAAAGUUAAGGUUUCUGAGGUGCUUACAAUAUUUCAUA